CUGCUUUCACGGGGGCUGCUGGGGCGUGGACGUCGGUUACGUGCAGGGGCGCGCGCAGCCCUGUGGACGCGCUUCGUUGGUUGCGCGCGCCAGUAUCCUAACUGAGGGGAAACUGAAGACGCUCGGGGGAGGAACGUGCCCAGCAUGAAGAGGCAGGGGGCCCCCUUGGAGCGGAAACGUGCGCGGAUACCGUCCGGGAAGACCGGAGCAGCAAAUGGAUUUCUCAUGGAAGUGUGUGUUGAUUCAGUAGAGUCAGCUGUAAAUGCAGAAAGAGGAGGUGCUGGUCGGAUUGAAUUAUGUUCUGGUUUACUGGAAGGAGGAACCACACCUAGCAUGGGUGUCCUUCAAGUAGUGAAGCAAUAUGUCCAGAUCCCAGUUUUUGCGAUGAUUCGGCCACGUGGAGGUGAUUUUUUAUAUUCAGAUCGUGAAGUUGAGGUGAUGAAGGCUGACAUUCGUCUUGCCAAGCUUUAUGGUGCUGAUGGUUUGGUAUUUGGGGCAUUGACUGAAGAUGGACACAUUGACAAAGAGCUGUGCAUGUCUCUUGUGGCUAUUUGCCGUCCUCUGCCAGUCACUUUCCACCGAGCCUUUGACAUGGUUCAUGAUCCAGUGGCAGCUCUGGAGACCCUUUCCACUUUGGGAUUUGAACGAGUGUUGACCAGUGGAUGUGACUGUUCAGCACUAGAAGGGCUACCCCUGAUAAAGCGACUCAUAGAUCAGGCAAAAGGCAGGAUUGUGAUAAUGCCAGGGGGUGGUAUAACGGAUAGAAAUCUACAAAGGAUCCUUGAGGGUUCAGGUGCUACAGAAUUCCACUGUUCUGCUCGGUCUGCUAGAGAUUCAGGAAUGAAAUUCCGAAAUUCCUCCGUUGCCAUGGGAGCAUCUCUUUCUAGCUCAGAGUAUUCUCUAAAGGUAACAGAUGUGACCCAAGUAAGGACUUUGAGUGCUAUUGCAAAGAAUAUUCUGGUUUAGCCCUCUCUGAGAGACAUGGGUAUCACAGGAUAUCCAUGGUAGAAGAAUAGUCUACAAUUCUCUGUGACACAGCUCUAAUCUUCUGCUCUGGCCAGGAUAAUCACAGCCUUGAAGUCUCACAUGGCUAUGGAGAAUGUUUCCAUGAAGAAAAAGAACUUGAACAGAGCUACAGUCAUUUCCUUUGCUUAAUUUUGCCAACUGUCUCCAUCAUCAUGGUCCAAUCUGAUCUAUGCUUCUUCCACAGUCAAGAGAUUUAGUCUGUUUUCAGUGGAAUUAAUUGAUGAACUGGGAGAAUUCGACUGUAAGGUAUGAGUUGAGAAUGUGACUUCAGGGUCAAUUCAGCAGCAGUAUUUUGCUUUUUCAUCUGUAAAAUAAAAAUUUCCAUUUCAGUA